AUGAGUGAUGGGUUGAAAGAAAUGGACGAUUCUAUUGCCAACAUUAGACUUGCGAUGAGAUAUGUGAGGUCUACUAUUCAUAGGCAUGAUGUUUUUAAGAACUGUGUGGUCACACUCAAACUUGAUUCAAAAGCUCUUGUAUGCCUAGAUGUACCAAUUAGGUGGAACUCUACCUAUUUGAUGUUAGAGGCCGCCGAAAAGUAUGAGAAGGCUUUUAAUUGCUUGAAGUUUGUGGAUUCCAAUUUUGAUCCUUAUAUCAAGGAUGUUGAUGGUGGCAUAAGGAAAAAUCCGAAUGAGUUCGAUUGGAAAAAAUACAGAUUGUUUUUGAGGUUUCUAAAAUUAUUUUAUCUCGCAACUAAGAAAUUUGUCGGGUCUCUCUUUGUUACUUCCAAUGCUUUUUACGAAGAAAUGUUUGUUAUUGAAAGAAAAAUUAACCAAUUAAUUUUGGAGGAGGAUGAUACUUUGAGCACAAUGGCAAAGACUAUGAAACAAAAGUUUAGCAAGAAGGUGGAAGAUAUGGUAUACAAGGUUAAGAGUUGUUUGAGUCAUUUGUAUAGCCAUUAUGUCACAUUUUAUCAUUCAAAUGAGAAACUUCUAAGUGUGAGUGAAAUUGUGAAUAUGGUGGAAGAUGAUGAUAAUGAUCCCUAUUCUUUGGUUGACUUCCAAUUUAAUUCCUAUUUGGAGGGGCGAUGUACUAGUGCAUCUAAGUUGGAAUUUGAACAAUAUUUGUCCGAUGUUGAACAUUUUGUAAAGAAUCAAACAUUUGAGAUUUUGGAUUAUUAG